UCUAUGUAUAUGUUAUAAAGAGCACGUAACAAUGGUCAAGUCGUUAUUACUGAUAUUACUUAUUUCAUUUUCGUUGAUUACGGCUUUUGAUGAUAGAUAUUUAACAUUUGGUCUGCCAAGUAUUGUUCUCGAUGAAACCGAUAACGUUCAAACGAUUUGUGAAGCGAGAAAGUGUAUUAGAAAGUGUUGCCCGAAAGAUCAAUAUUAUAUCAAGGCAGAUUCAAGCUGUAUGCAAAUCGAAGGAAAUUUUGACUUUUCAAAUAUAUCUGUUUACGACGAUAACGAUUAUUCGUUGAAAAUAAAUAAAACGUUGAGUGACAUAUUUCUUCUAGAGCCUGAAAAAUUUUUUGAAACAUUUGAAGAUCAAAGUUUUGUAGCUAUAAUGUAUGUACCAUCGGAUUACAAUUUUCCAACAUAUCUGACAGAAUAUUUCAACACAACCGAAUCACCUUUAUGUUUUCAGAGUGGAAAACUCUACAUGGAAACACCAAAUGCAUACAAAAGAUGGACGCUUGUGGAUCAUUUCUGCAUAGAAUACGAAGUCAAUGAAACUAUAAUACCUAAAUAUUGGACAUUUACUAACACAUAUUCUCUUCAAAAACCGAGUGUUUAUUAUACUAUUGAACUGAUAGUUUCAGCAGUAUUUUUGUUAAUCGUCCUAUUAGUGUACAUUCUCCUACCAGAGCUACGGAACCUCGUGGGUUUGGUUUUAAUGGCCUACGUCUUAAGUCUGAUGGGUGCCUUUCUCUCAUUAGCCUCAUUGCAAAUGGGAGAUUAUACUGUUCCAGAAUGCCUUUGUCUAACUGCUAUAACAUAUUUUUCCUUCCUGGCGACUUUUUGCUGGAUGAACGUCAUGUCAUAUGACAUUUGGUGGACUUUCCGAGGCUACGCAAAAGCGAGGCCAAUUCACAGACGUGGAGAAAAGUUUAAGUUUGCCAUGUAUUGUCUGUAUGCGUGGGGUGUUCCGUUCUUGAUGGCCAUUUUCUUGGUGGUGAUCAACAAUACUGACUUGUCUGAUAUGCCUUGGUUCAUUAAACCUCAGAUACCUCAACAAGGAUGCUUUUUAGAAGAUGGACAAAAAUUGGUCUAUCUCUACAUCCCGAUGUUAAUAUUGAUCAUAUGUAACUGGUUGUUCUUCCUAAUGACGGCCUUUAAUAUCUGGAGAUUAAAUCGUGCAACAGCUGUACUGGAUUCGGCAUGCGCCGGUAGCCCUGCCGCUCAUCGCAAUCAAAGGAACCGAUUAAUGGUUUAUCUUAAAUUGUCAGUUAUUAUGGGGAUCAACUGGUUGCUUGAGGUGGUUAGUUAUGCGACACCGAAUCUAACUAUAUGGACAUUUACUGAUUCAUACAAUCUUCUUAUUGGUCUCUCAAUAUUUUUGAUUUUUGUUUGUAAGAAGAAAAUUUAUAGAAAGCUGUACGACAGAUAUUGUGGAUACUUCAGCCGUGAGCCGAGACUCAGCAAAAGCCAUGCAACAAGCAGUAGCACGAUUGAAUCGAACGUCAGUCAAGAUAUUCCAUUACAAGUUUCCACUCAUCCCAAUGGAGUCAGUGGACGAGGUUUUAAAAAAGAAUUUUGAAACCAUAAUAACAACUAUUAGCAGUUAAGAGAAACUGUAAAAACAGCUUUAAGCACUAUAAUAUUUAAGGAAUAAAAAUUAAAGUAAAAAUCUCUAUAAGAUACAAUUCACGUGUAUGUAUUUUACGUGUGUAUAUUUUAUUUUAUAACUAACCUUAUAGUCUAUUCGCGUUAAGGAAAUAAUGAGUCAUCGCUGUGACUUGUCAAAUUGUAGUUAAUUUUAACGCUGUAUUAAAAUUGUAAUAAAAUUAUCCAGUUUAUCAAAGCCAUUCAGACAUGUUGUCCAAUUCACUACGAUAUAAUUGGUUAAGGGGCUUGGCUUAGCUGAAGACACAUUUUCUCAACGAAAUUUGAAUGUAACUAUUUUUAAGAUAAAAUAAAUAACAUGAGAGGCUACAUUCGUAAUAAAUACCCUUUUUAGGAAAGUAUGUACAAAAGUCAGAUGUUUUAGUUCUGAAUUUUGUAAGUUAAUUUUCGUCAUAUAAUACACUAUUAUUUCUUUAUUCAUGAAAUCCGAUUACAACAUAAGUUCCUAAUAAGUUAUUGGAGAUACUUGUUGUGGAAAUGACUCGUAACUUCCCAAGUCUUUAUCUAAGAUUUCAUGCAAACAGUAACAAUAUGACAUAUUUAUCAAAAACAAAGUUUUUUUUAGUAAGCAAAUGGUGUUUUAUAAGUGUAUGAAUGUGAUCAAGAAUGUGUUUAUGUGUGUGUGUUUGUGCGUGUCUACGUACUUUUUUUAUGCUAUUCUAACCAAUAUCUUUUCUACAUCCUCAUGCGUACAAUAUCGCUUAACCUUAACCACUCCGUUGUAAGCUAUCCUAUAUUUAAUUAUAUUUAAAAAAUUUGACAAAAAUUACACACAUACAAUUA